AGGCAACCUAGGUUGAUUCUGCAGUGGCUGACUUUGGCGAAUACAUGUAAGUAGGGAGACUGGGCAGCAGUGUGCGAGGGUGCCUCAAUAACUGCCAGAGCCUGCCUACGGGUGCUUGCUCUAUUCCCCCUCCCACAAAGCUUGUCCCAGAUUGUCGCCAAGCCGACAGGGCCUGGACUGCAAUCCAAACUAGAGCUGCGAAGCUUUGCCUACGGCGACAUGGUGGUGUGAACGUGGUGAUGAGGGAAGGGUGAGCGUUUUUGUAGUCGGAUUGUGAUUGGAGAAUGGGAACUGGUGUUGGAAGACCUUCGUGUCCAAGGUGUUCUGGGUGGAGUGGGAAGACCAUGGGGCAUGGUGCCUCCAUAAGGAAUACUCUCAUGGAUCUCCACAAAGUUAUGGAGUCGCUAUUUCUGGUGCUACUUCUCCUUCCCGCCAUCUUUGGGGCCAAUGUCCACCUUACUCCAGGAUCGGUGGACCUUCUUCAUGAGGUGAACAUAGAGGGUGCUACUCAGGGUGUUCAAAGUGAGAUUGGCUUCUGUAAUUCCAGAGCUGGCGGGGCUCCCGAUUUAGCCUUUAGCUUAGAUCCUACAGCACAGCUUAGCAACACAAUGGACAAAGUCUUCCAAUAUGGCUUUCCAGAAGAUUUUUCAAUUAUAAUGACUAUAAAACCCAGAAAAUUCAUAUCAGGGAAACUUUUCACAAUAUAUAGCUCAUCCCAGGGGCGUGAACAAAUGUCCUUCCGUAUUGGUCAGCAGACAGAGUUUUUAUAUAGUGAUGAAAAUGACCGUCCAGGACCUUAUGACUCCCCCAUUAUCCCACUCAAUCUGGCUGAUGGAGAAUGGCAUAGGAUCUCACUGAGCAUUAAGGGUGACUCUUUGACUGUGAUACAUAACUGUAAACCCAACGGCACCUUUGAACUGGACAGGACAAUCCCGUCUUACUGGAACAAUGAGGGCAUCUUGCUGGUGGGACGGGAACUCGUCGCCGAGGAAACAUUUGUGGGCCUUGUACAAGACCUUAUCAUUGUGCCCAACCCAGAAGCUGCCUACGACCAGUGUGAAUAUUACACUCCUGACUGUGAGUAUUCAUUCCCGGUCUUUGAAGAGGAAUCUGUGGACAUCACUAUGGAACCUGAGAUGGUGACGAAAUAUACAGAGGCUGCAGCAGAAGUGGGGUCUGGAGAAUACGGAUAUUAUAAUUAUAUUCCUGGUCCACAAGGCCCACCUGGACCCCGUGGUCCCCCUGGAUCUGUAGGACCUAAAGGAGAGCCAGGAUUUCCUGGCAGGGAUGGUCUGGCAGGUGGUAACGGUGUUCCCGGUCCUCCAGGUCAUGUCUUCGUCAUACCCCUGAACUUUGACACCGCCAAAGGCCCAACAACACACGCUGAGGCACUGAGAACAAUGCUGAGUCAACACAUGUUGGCAAUGCGAGGUGCCACUGGCCCAAUGGGAAUGACUGGCCUGACUGGUCCAGCUGGCAACCCAGGAAUGGAUGGUAGUAAAGGUGAAAUGGGUCACCCUGGAGAAGCUGGUGGCACAGGCCCAGUUGGAUCCCCAGGUCUACCGGGCAUCCCAGGCAAAAGGGGUCGGAUGGGUAGAGAUGGAGAGAGGGGAAUAUCUGGACCACCUGGAAAUAAGGGAAUGCCAGGGUUCCCAGGUAUGCCAGGAUUACCUGGAGAGAAAGGCAACAGGGGUCUUCCUGGGAUUAUUGGUGAUCCAGGAAUGCCAGGUCAUGAUGGAGAAUCUGGUGACCCUGGUGAAAUGGGACCUCAUGGUGCUCCUGGAGAAAUUGGCCCAAGAGGAUUCCGAGGAUCUCGAGGCCGUCCAGGACCCAUUGGGCCACCUGGUUUGCCUGGAGCGGAGGGUUCACCUGGUGCUAAGGGCAAUCAGGGUGCAAUAGGGUCCCCAGGUGCCCCGGGGAGGGGUCCCCCAGGACCCACGGGUCCACCAGGAGGCCCAGGUGAUUUGGGCCCACCAGGUGUGCCAGGUAUCAGGGGGAAGCAAGGUAUCCCAGGCUUACCUGGGGCUUCAGGACCACCUGGUUUCAAUGGGGAGCCAGGUGAUGAUGGUCCAAAAGGUGAUCAGGGUCCACAAGGUAUGGCAGGAGCCAUUGGCUACCCAGGACCCAGAGGUGUUAAGGGAGAUCCAGGUCCCAGAGGCCUGAUUGCUUCAAGGGAGAGAAGGGUACACCAGGAAUUGACGUCCAAUGGGAGAGCUGGUCCACAUGGUGACAAGGGUAUGAAGGGAGAACGAGGCCUGUUUGGCAUUGAAGGCAUAGAGGGAUCAAAGGGUGACUAUGGUCCCAGAGGAGAGGUUGGCCCACAAGGACCCCCCGGAGAGAAGGGUCGGCCAGGUAUUCCCGGGUUUCCUGGGUUCCCCGGACCCACAGGGGAAAAAGGUGAUGAAGGCGGUAGAGGCCGUCGAGGAAAGAGAGGAAAAAGUGGAAAAUCUGGUUCCCCUGGACCGCAAGGUGACAGGGGAGAGCGUGGACCAAGGGGUCAAAGAGGAGAACGCGGGAAGCAGGGAAUCCCUGGUCCAUUAGGACCCAAAGGGGACACCGGCCCGCCUGGGCCUCCAGGCAUCCAGGGUGAGCAGGGAAUCCAAGGGCCACCAGGUCCCCCGGGGCAGAUGGGCAUCCCGGGAACAAUUGGUUUACCAGGUAAAGAUGGGGCACCUGGAUUCCCUGGAGAAAGAGGCGAACCUGGCAUUCCUGGAAGCCCUGGCCAGUCGGGUGCCGUUGGUGUUGUUGGCCCACCGGGUCCACCUGGAGAACCAGGUAUUCCUGGUGAACCUGGACCACCAGGAGGUCCUGGUAUUCCUGGGGAUAGUGGUAUACCUGGCGAGGCUGGGAAAGAGGGACCUCCAGGUCCCCCUGGUCCAAAAGGUGUGCCCGGAGGUCCAGGUGGAGAGGGACCCGUGGGCUUCCCAGGCAAACGCGGUCAUCCAGGCCCUGCGGGUAAAGAUGGUACAAAGGGUGAGCCUGGACCUCCAGGUGCCAUGGGACCCAGGGGUGACAAAGGAGCUCAGGGCUUCCCCGGACCUCAAGGGCCUCAGGGUAUCAUGGGCAAACCAGGUAUGAGAGGUCCAGCUGGACCUAGAGGAGAGAAAGGUGACCAGGGCUUUGAAGGACCCCCUGGGCUCCCUGGUGGCCCUGGGUUGGUUGGACAAAGGGGUUACCCUGGACCACCUGGGCCUGUGGGACCUCCAGGAGAAGACGGGGAUAAGGGAGACACGGGUCCAGUUGGAAGUCGUGGUUUUAAGGGAGAUCAUGGUGUGAUGGGUCCCCCAGGACCACGAGGGCCUCAAGGGCUGAUGGGACCCCCAGGUUUACCGGGCCCCAUGGGUGAGAUGGGAGAGAGAGGAGAGCCAGGUCCUCCAGGUAUGAAGGGAGCAGAGGGCCCCAGGGGUAUGCCAGGUCCCACAGGACCCCCAGGUCAGCAGGGUAUGCCAGGUUUUCCUGGAGACCCCGGAGCAGCAGGAGACCCUGGACAGCCUGGCCCACCAGGACCUUCAGGACCCCAAGGUUUGACUGGUCCAAGAGGGGAUGGGGGCACACCUGGAUUACCUGGCCCACCUGGUCAUGAAGGUCUACAAGGUGCGAAGGGCGACCCUGGAAUUGAAGGGGAACCAGGAGAGCCAGGCGUUGAUGGACCACCGGGCCCACCCGGUCCAGCCGGCCCUAAGGGUGACACAGGUGCUAAUGGACUUCAGGGACCACCUGGUCCCAGAGGUAUUGCUGGCUUUGAUGGCAAAGGGAGAACCGGGUCCACUGGGUCAUCCAGGCCCCCAGGAGAGCCAGGGGCACAAGGGCUUAAGGGAGAGUCCGGGAUACCUGGAGAUGAUGGAAUCCCUGGGAAGACAGGUCCUAUGGGUCCAGUUGGUCCUCAGGGAGAAACCGGCUUACCUGGAUUGACCGGCAAGCAGGGAUCUAUUGGAGUGCCUGGAAUCCAGGGGGAGCCAGGUGUACCAGGGGACAAGGGAGACCGAGGGUUGCCCGGGCCAAUGGGAAGGCAAGGUGCCCCAGGACCAAUCGGUCCAAUGGGGGGUCCAGGAUCCCGUGGAUUGAGGGGUCAACCCGGUCCAGCUGGAGAACCUGGGGCUGCUGGUACCCCUGGUAAACCUGGGGAACCUGGUGCCUUGGGAGUGAAAGGAUCUGUUGGACCUAAAGGUGAUCAAGGACAGAAGGGCGUGAAGGGUCGUCCUGGCAAAAUUGGUCUGACCGGCCUUCAGGGUGAACCUGGGGAGAAGGGAGAACCUGGACCCCCAGGGAUUGACGGUACGCCGGGCAUGAAGGGAGAUCCUGGUCCAGUCGGUCCACCUGGCCCAGUGGGUCCCAGAGGUCCUCCAGGAACUGAGGGUCCUGAGGGACCACCAGGACCAAAGGGGGAACCUGGCAUGAGAGGUAUAAAGGGAGAGGAAGGACCACCUGGUCCACAAGGUCCUCCGGGUCCACCAGGGGAGGCAACUCCAUUCCCCGCUGAACUGAUGGGUCAGACUCUGCGUAGAAAGCGUAGUUUGAGCACAGAGCGUCGCAGAAAGAAGAGAGAUGUCGCUGAUGUCCAUGAAGUCAUUGACAACAUGGCUGAUAAGAACGUAACCGUAGAGGAAGGCUUGACUCGUGUGGUGGACAAAAUCUUUACUUAUAUAGACGAGUUACAAGAGGAAGUGGACAAUAUCCUCAAACCAAAAGGCACCAGAGCAAACCCAGCCAUGCACUGCAGAGACAUCUUCUUGGCACACCCUAACUUUAAAGACGGUUGGUACUGGGUGGAUCCUAAUCAGGGCGUGGGCACAGAUGCCAUCCAGGUGUGGUGUAACCUGACAGCUGAGGGACAGACGUGUGUCUACCCACUCACAGAGACCAGGAUGAUUGUGUCACAGUUCUGGAAGAAGGUGAAAGCUGGUCAAUGGUUUAGUGAGAUGAAUGGAGGAUUUGAGAUUCUCUACGGCAACACAGUGCAGUUGAAGGUACUGAGGAUUCUGAGCUCCAAGGCCUCGCAAAAAUUCACAUACUUCUGUACAGGCUCUGUGGCCUGGUACGACAAGAAAACCUACGGAUUUGAAAAAGCCUUAACACUCUUAGGCAACAAUGACCACGAGUUUAACACCCAUGAUUUCACCCAGCAUGAAGUGCCUUUUGAUGGUUGUAGGAAGCAGAUGAGAGCCAGCUACACGGCAUUCCAAGUGACGACAAAUCGUGUCCACCGGUUACCCAUUAAAGACUUCAUGCCUAAAGAUUAUGGCGAGCCGUGGCAGCAAUUUGGCUUUGAAGUGGGCCCAGUCUGCUUCAGCUGAGCCCGGCCCCUUACGCCAAUAUAAAACACCCCGCCUCCAUCACUGCCAUUACUCUUGUGUAUACAUAUCUGAUUUAGAGCGAGAGAGACAGCAGCCAGAACCUGAACAGUUGAUUUGGUAGAAAAAUUCCCCACAGGUUUCUAAUAGUAAUCAUAUACCAUCGAUAAACUGAUCGUAUAUAUAGCUGCAUUAACAUUAAAGCUAAUUACCACUUUUCCCUCUUUCCCACAUUAGAAACUUUUUGUAAAGGUAGAGAACUGUGUAGAUAUAAGGUAGAUAACCCAUCCCACUCAGCUUAACAGUGCACACUUAACGUAGACCACUAACAAUUAGUGUAGGUAAAUUUGUUCUAACACGCAUGUCACCAUUUGAAUAUAGAUUCCCACCUGGUAGAAUGAGAUGUUGAAAGUUUGAACCAACAUUUGGUUUGUUGUAUUACAGCAUUUGAUUUACUGUUUUUCCUUAAAUGUUUACUGUUUACCUCUUUGUUUUUUUGUUUUUUUUUUUGUUUUUUUUUUUGUGGCUUGUAGAUAUUCUUGGCGCUAUAUCCUUAUCUUACCCAGAUUGUUCACUAUGAUUCAGUAAUAAGUUCUUAAAUCUGGUUUAAUUUGGAACAUAAAAACUCAGUGCCACAAAGUUAGGAUCUGGUCUGACUAGGAUUUGCCUUUGCAUUAAAGGGUCUAAAAAGUGGGAAAAUCAAAUUUUGCAGCUUCUUAGGAAUGGCUCAAUAAAAUCAGCUGGGGAUGUUUGACUUGGCUUUGCUAUUUCGUUUUUUGAGUGGUUUUCUGUUUUUCUCAGAUCUGUAAGAUA